CAAAGCAUCGUCAACCCAAAGACACAACUUAUUGAAGACAGUGCAAUGCAAACGCUGGGCUGAAAGCCCAGUAUCCAGACCCACCAAUGAAGCCCAAUAAUCAAAUGACUUACCGUUUACUAGGCCACAGGCCCACAACCCUUGCCUGGCGGCUGUGUCAUAGACUGCUAAUACAGAAAGCCGAAGACCAAGGCGGAGAGAAAGAAGGCAGAGGAAAAAGGAAGAGACAACCCCCGAAACUUGCGAAAUCAUCUCCAAUGGCGUCGACUGCGGCUGUGCCCUUCUGGAGGUCUGCAGGGAUGACUUACAUCUCAUACUCGAACAUCUGCGCCAACAUAGUCAGGAACUGCCUCAAGGAGCCUCACAAGAGCGACGCCAUAGCUCGGGAGAAGGUCCAUUUCACCGUCACCAAGUGGUCCGAAGGAAAGCCCGAGAAACCCACAACCCGGUCCGACGACCCAGAUGUCUGAGCUAUGGUGACCAAGGAGGAUUGUCUUGGACAUGAAAUAUUUCUAUUUUCUGUUUGCUGUGUGGUUUGGUCUUGGUUCUGAGACAAAUUUUUCGGGGGUUUGAGAAAGGUGAGAAUAAAAAUGUCAAAGAGACUGAUUCUACUCCACUCCUGGAUUGUUAUGCUUGUCGAAUUUCUUGACUCGUUUGAAGGAGAUUAAUUGAAUGAGACGUCGUGGUGCAUGAAUAGUCAUUUGGUUUACCGGUUCAACCAUUUCACCUUCUAGAGUGACUGUUUCAUAGCCAUUUGUGUAGUUCGCUUCUUGGGAAUUGCGAAAUGUUCGUGAUUCAUAAAAUUCGUCUCGAGGCCUAACACCUUCAUGCCAUUCUCAAUAAUGUUCCGAAGGAUCGUAUCCGUAUUCGUAUCCCUCUUCUCUUUGUUUUUACCACAUAGAUAUUUUUAUAGUGAUCAUAUUUGGGUAAUAAUUUUCAUUAGUACAUAUUAGCUUAACUGUUUAUUACAAAAAUACAUAUUUGUUAAAUUU